AUGUACCACAGGAUCCGUCACUCAGAGUACAUUUACCGGGUGACCAUGGAGAAGCUGUCCUAUCACAGCGUGUGCACGGCGGAGGAGUGGGAGGGCCUCAUGCGCUUCAGCCUCCCGGCGCGGCUCUGCAAAGACAUCGAGCUAUUCCACUUUGACAUCGGUCCUUUUGAAAACAUGUGGCCCGGGAUUUUUGUCUAUAUGCUCCACCAGUCCUGUGGGACAUCCUGCUUUGACCUUGAGAAGUUGUGUCGCUUUAUUAUGUCUGUGAAGAAAAACUACAGGCGAGUUCCCUAUCACAACUGGAAGCACGCGGUCACCGUGGCACACUGCAUGUUCGCCAUUCUGCAGAACAACCGUGGGCUCUUCACUGACCUGGAGCGCAAAGGGCUGCUGAUCGCGUGUCUCUGUCAUGACCUGGACCACCGGGGCUUCAGUAACACCUACCUGCAGAAGUUCGAUCACCCCCUGGCUGCCCUCUACUCCACGUCCACUAUGGAGCAGCACCACUUCUCCCAGACUGUGUCCAUCCUGCAGCUGGAAGGGCACAACAUCUUCUCCACCCUGAGCUCCAGCGAGUACGAGCACGUGCUGGAGAUCAUCCGCAAAGCCAUCAUUGCCACUGACCUUGCUCUGUACUUCGGGAACAGGAAGCAGCUGGAGGAGAUGUACCAGACUGGCUCGCUAAACCUCAAUAAUCAGUCACAUAGGUAA